AUGUUGGGCUCAAGUUACGAGCCCCUCGAGCCAUCGGGGCCGCCCUUGUCUCCCUCCAUGGAACGCGCCUUCUCCGAGGCGUUCGCGGACGAAGUGGAGCUGGACGAUCUUUCGGACAUCGACGCCUCGACCAGCCUCCGCUUGGCCACGCCGCCCUCUCCAGUGUCAAACAGCCAGGUAGAAGUGAGUCCGAGCAGGAGCAACGUCGUCCCCAGUGCCAAGAACUCGGCUGAGGCGAAGCGUGCCAGGCGCUCGGAGAUUGAGAAGAAGUCGCGACUGAGAAGACUCGACAUUAUCAACCGCAUGCGAGACGAGUUGCAGCGGAAAUACUCAGAGUUGACGCUCGUGGCGCAAGAACUGGAGAAGGAUCAAGCGGCGAUUCGAAGGCUGUUGCAAGAGCACGAGUUCUAUCAGAGAUAUGCAAGAAAUAUGUCAUCUGAGGACGCGUUCGCGAUUUGGGACAGUGGAAUUCCUUCCAGUUUGUCCUUCGCCGCCAGGUUCCGUCACCUGUCGACGUCCGAGUGUUAUGAAUUCGCGCGGAAAACAUACGAGGAGAUUCGGAAGUUUACGGACUGUGAGAUUGUCGAGUCGACGAGGUCGAGCUUCAUGGGCUGGACGGACCAGCACAAGCACUACCGCAACACGGAGACGCUGCUGUUUGCCUUCACCAAGCAGUUUCCGUCUGAGAACGUGGAAGAGCUGUUCAACAAGACGUGGGAUAUGUUUCUGAGCGGAUCUCAGCUGGAGAAGAUGGUCUUUGACAGCCCGACGCGGACGCGGCUGCAAGUGCUGCAAGUGCUGAACGACGACCUGUUCAUUGUGCGGCGAGACUACCGACCGUCCAGGCUUCAACUUACGCUGACCUCGAUUCAAUUGAUGUUCCGACUGCAGACGCCGACGGGAUACACCUUCUGUCGGCGUACCAUUUCCUCGCCGGAGAUUGAAAAUUUGCUGGAACCCCACGAAUACUUGGUCGACACGUUCCAUUGGGUGCAUUUCAACCGGCUGUACGACCAAUACGACAAUCCUGCAGGAUGGGAGGUGGUUCAUGGCGGGUCGAUUGGCCAUCAUGAACGGCUGAGGUCCAACUACUGGCUGUUCGAGAUGGUUUGUAGCGUUUUGCGCUGGGAAAGUUCGAUGAUAUCGCCGCUGGUUCUGCUGCAAACGGAAGAGAAGUGGGAAGAUCACUAG